AUGAUCAUCACGGGCGUGAUCGAUGGACCUUUGUCAGAGCCCUUGGGUACUCCAAGGGCCGUGGAGUUGUACGUUGUCAAAGAUAUUCCCGACUUGAACAUCUUCCAGUUGCAAGUGGCAUUAAACGGGGGUCAGCCGAGUUCGUCUAUCAAUUUCCUCCCGUCCCGUUCAGCCACAGCUGGAGACUUCAUCUACGUCUCUUUCGAAACUGCGGACUUCAAUACGUUCUUCGGUUUCGACGCGAACUACACCAACAAUUUCCUCAUUAUCGAUGGCGACGACGCGAUCAUUCUCUUGCAAGGAGGCGUUUCGCUUGACAUCUUCGGUGUAGUCGGCGUCAGUGGGAAUGGGCAGCCUUGGGAAUACAUGAGUUCCUGGGGGUACCGCAAGAUCUACAGCUCCGCCGCUUUUAACCUUAGUGACUGGGAGUUUCCCGGUCCAGGCGCUCUGGACGGCGCAAGCACCAACACUGACGCAAGCGCGCCAUUCCCUGUGGGGAGCUUCUGCUGUAAAUAG